CCCACCCUCGUGGGUGCACCAUGAGGAUGGGGUGCCGGGGGGCUCUGAACCCCUCUGCUCUCUUCGUGGGGGGCAGGGCCUGGGGACAGGAGGCCCAGACUGAGCUGCUGGGACAGGGCGCCUGACCCCCUGGGGACCUGACAAGCACGUUCAAGGUGGUGGAGAAGGCCUGGCAACGGGAGUGGAUGGAAGGAGAUGCUUCUGUUUGCCCAACGGCUCAAGGUGCCCUGUCUGAGUCCGUUGGCCAAUCAGCCAACCGCGGCCCCUGCCCCCAGAGCUCAGAGCCGUGCGGAGGAAAGAGCUAUGGGCAGGACAAGCUGGCAUCAAGGCAGGCUGUCAGGACUGGGAGGGUGGGUGGCACGGGGAGCCCGACUCUGUCGCAGAGAAAGAGGUCAGAGCAGACCUCCCGGAGUGAGAGCCAGUGGGAUUGACCCAGAGAGAGGAGUCACCUGCAUGUGGGGUGGGGGUGUCUCCUUCUGCUAAACGGGGGCCAAGGUGACCGUGGACCUCUGGCCCCUGCAUCACCCCCCCCCCCGUAUGCCCUCCCCCAGCCUCUGGUCUCUGGUCACCGCCCAGGAGUCGCAAAGCCCCUCUCGAGACUCCUCCAAGGCAGUGUGAAGCGUGGGAGCAGGGCGGGGUGGGGGUCGGGGUGAGCCCCUCUUCGGAGGGGUGCUGGGGCCCCGGCGCGCUGCCCACCAGGCUUCCCGUGGGUGGCGGGUGUGACUUCUCUUCUCUCCGAGCAGCCAGCUCCGUUCCCCCAGCCCCGAGUGGCAGCUCCUCGGGCCGGAAACAAUGUGCUUUCUCCACGCCUGGGAGUGGAAGUCAGCAGUUUGGCACCGUCUGGCUGGCAGCCUCCACCGGCUUCCUUUGGCACUUUAUUGGCAAAGGCGGUGACAUUUCUUUCAGUUGGGUGGGUGGAGCUGUUAUGCAGACUCCCGCUCUCCUCAUUCGCCAGAUGAAUAUUCAUGACUCAGGCAAUCUGUACCAGCCAGACUUUCCUGAGGGCGGCAGCUUUUCUUCUCUUCCUCUCUCUCUUUUUCUUUCUCCUCUCCUUCCCAGCUCUUUGGAAAGCUGGAGUACAGCUAUAUUUAAUUUACAAAUACGGAGCUAUUUAGCUUGCCUUUUGGGGUGCAAGCCCUGGGGAGGAGAUGCUAGUGGGGGGGUGAGGAGAAAGGUGGUGGAAGCACUGGGUCCCUGACCUCGGGCUUCUAGGUCCCCGGGGCCCAGAUCAUGGGAAGCCUUAUGGGCCUGGGAAGCUCCCUUUGAGCUUGGCAUCUUGGUGCCCACAUCCCUGAAGAUGCAGCAGCUUGUGGCACCUCGGUCCACACCGGCCGCUGAGGUCGACGUGGAAGUCGGAGGAAGCGUGCUGCUUUCCCGCUCAAUGCAUGGCAGGCCCCAACGAGGUAUCAUGGGUCCCCCGACCCCCCUACCAUGCUCUCCUGCUUGCUCAGCUCCACCCAGACCCCCUCCCAGCCCCAGACAAAAACCCAGAAGGCACCGGGCAUUUACUAGUCCUUGCUUUUCGGAGAACCAGUCCCUGCUUGGGGUCCAGUUCCCUGCGGACACACCUGCUCCCUUUCUAGGAAGGAUGGCUACCUAGCUCCUUUUGUCUCCUCCCACGGAGGCACCAGAAACUCUGGCAAAGGGCUCAGGAUUUCCAGAAUUUGCCAGGGAAUUUGGUCCUUAGCGAGGAUGUUCUCGUGUAUGUCGUGUGUGUGUGUGUGUGUGUGUGUGUAUGUAAAUAUUUACACACAGCUUAAGUGAGUCUGUAUGCCUACAUCUAUGUUCAAGUGUUUGAGUGUGUGUCUGUAUGUGUAAGGGCGUGAAUGUGUAUGUGGCGGGAAGUCUGGGAAUGUCUGCAUGUGCGAAUGUGCCUCUCCCGUUAGAGUUGUGCGUGUAUCUCUGUGGGUCUGGGGCGUUGUCUGUAGGGGUGCUCCUGGGGGGCAGAGACUUGCGUGCGUGGUGUGUGUGUGUGUGUACGUGCAAGUGAAUUGUCGAUGUGUGUACAAGUGUACGUGUGCAUGUGAGCAUCUGGGAGAGCGUGCGUGUGCAUGCACGUGUGUGUGUGUGUGUGUGUGUGUGUGUGUUGGAGAGAGAGUGUCAUUCCCCCUGACCUCCGUUCCCUCCCGAACCUCAUCCUCUCUAGCGAGGUGGAGGGAGACGUCCCCCCGCCCCUUGCAAGUGUUACAGAUUCUAUCCAAGGACGGGAACAGAAGGCUUCCCAGCACAGAGCGUCCUGAAAUUACUUUAUAUUCCCCCCUCCUUGUUUCAUCUAAUCAAAAUAGCAGCGUUAGGCUCACCCAUUCCCUCUGCCCACCGCGUAGCCCCAGGGCGGGAGCGAGGCGGGCCAUCCUGUCUGACCUCCUCUGAGAGCACCUUGCAGCCCCAAGCCAAGGAGCUGUCUUCCAAAUCUCCUCGUUCCACGGCCCAUGCUUCAGUGGCAAGAGCCAGCUGCCUCCCUGCCUGCCAGCAACCGCCAAGCGCUUCCAGAACCCACAUCCAGGCUCAGCCUCAUUUACAAAUAUGCAAAUUUGCAUCUUUUCUGGCACAUCGCCUGUGUUCUCCCGAAGCAUCCAGUCGCCCCGUCCGCCCCCCGAAUUAGAUGAAUCAGAGGUGGUGACGGCAUGGCAGCGAGUCUCCUCCCGGCUGCCAGCUCUGGCCAGUUUUGAACGUCGGCCUGCAGCGGCGCAUCGAGAGGGAUUUCCAAGCCAAGUCUGGAUUCCCCAGAAGAGACUGUGAUCGAUUACUGAUGUCUGCUGUGGGCAAGCCAUGGGAGCCUGGCCGCUCCCCAGGUGCAGCCUUACCGACCGGGCCCCUGGGUUCUCGUCCUGGCUGCUCCCUGGAGGAAUCGACUUCCCCUUUUGAACUUGCCACCCGGUCGGGAUGACACAGGUGCCAUCUGACCCGGGUCAUCAUAGGGAAGAGGCGAGAGAAGGUGAGGCGAAACCUGCCCUUUGUCCGGGGGGUGAUAGGUACACUUAGGUGACACAGUUGGUGGGACAGGUACGUUGCCCCGUUUCGGGGGUGGGGAGCAGGGGUGGAUGACUUGUAGUAGAGGCAUCGGCCUCGCCAGGCAGGCCUGCACGGCGGCCGGGUUGCUCUUCUCUCUGCCCCUGCAGCAUCUUGGCUCCCUCCCGCCACCCCCGCGUCGAUGCCCCAAGCACGCUGCAACAAGCCCCGCUGGCCUGGCUCCACGGCUGGGUGUGAAAUUUGGCUGAGUCGGCACCUGGGAGAAUUGGGGCAAUUGCCAUCCUGGAGCCCGGGGCCUGGCCCGGGGCCAAAGGGCAGACUAGAGGUGGUGGGAGGGAGGGCCCGAGUGCCAGGGAGCCAAGCAGGGCUGGGCGGCUGGCAGGGGUGUGUCAGGAGAGCACCUGGCUUGAAGCUGGCCGGCCUGAGGGUGCUGAGAGCCCCAGGCCUGAGCUCGGAACAGCGCCCAGCUGUGUACGUGUGCCUGGCCAUUGGCCGUGCCCGAGCACGUCCUCGAGUGUGCCCUUGUGCGUGUGCAUUCGCCUCCUCUGGGAACGUGUGUUCUGGUAAAUGUGCGGCUGUGCAUCAAUAUCGGUAUAAGAACAGGCAUGUCUGUGUAGUCGUGCACACCUGUCCGUGUGUGCAUAGCUGGGUGUGUGCCUGCACAUCUGCGUGGGGGUGAACUCGGGUGCACACAUCUGUCAGUAUCCAGGUACGUGUGUCUAGGCAUUUCUUUUUUUUUUUUUUAAGAUUUUAUUUAUUCAUGAGAGACACACAGAGAGGCAGAGACACAGGCAGAGGGAGAAGCAGGCUUUUGUGGGACUCGAUCCUGGGACCCCGAGAUCAUGUCCUGAGCCAAAGCCAGAUGCUCACCUACCGAGCCACCCAGGUGCCCCGCGUGUGUCUAGGCAUUUCUGCCUGUAUGCACAGGUGUCCUUUCAAUCUCUGUCCCGGCGUGUGCCUCCUGGUGCGUCCACACGGGUGCAUGCCUGCCCACCUCUGUCGGUAUCCAUGGACGUGGCUCCACGCCCUUCUGUUGGCACUGAGGCGCGCAUCACUGUCAGCACGUCUGUCCUCUCCAGGGCCUCUGUCUGGGUGUCCCUGGAUGUCGUAUCUGUUAAGUCUGCCCCGUACGUGCAUUAGCGAGUGCUUCUGGGGCUGUGCCCAUCGCCUGGUGCAUUUCUGGGGGUGCACCUCUACCUGCGAGGGUGUUGGGAUCUACCUCCGCCUGCAGGCGUGGCUGCAUCAAGAGCCGGCCCAGGCUGCGGUGGCGGUGACAGAUGAGCCUCGGAAGCCCGCUUCAGCCUCUGGAGGGGGGCUCCCUACGUUCCUCUCCCACGUGGACUCGGCCCCAGAGCCCCAGAGGCUCCCGGCUUUCUUAACGCGAGCUGUUGCCUCGCCCGCUGCACGUGAGUCCUCACCCCAGCGGCAGCGAGAACCCGGGUCGCCUCCUCCUUCCCCUCGUGGCGCCCCUCCCAGCCCUCCUACCUGCUGGCGGGUAGCCUUUCCACCUGCUGGGACAGCUGUCGGCUUGGACUUCAGGGCACGUGUGCCCCUGCUCAGCGGUCUGUGUCUCGACGGUCCCUCUGCCAUCUCUGGAACGUUCCUGGGAUUUGACUGGGGGCUACUCCGCUCUUGCCCUGGCGAGACCGCCCUGCCCAGGUCCCUGGCUCAGUCCCGGGCCACUUCACUGGGAUGUGGAUCCCUGCACGGGCCGGCGGCUGUGCAGGGACGGGGUUCGGGGUCGGGGGGGGACGAAGGACCUGCUUCCCAGGUGCGCUGUGCGGAAAGCGUGCCAGGGCCGGAAGCGGCGCCAGACCUCCUCACGGCUCCCUUCGCCAUCCCCUUCAGAUGUCUGCGGGAUGUGGGCAAGGAGAUGCGGAAGGGGAUCCGGGAGACCGAAGAGAGGAGGACCCCAGAGUGGAGCUCCCAGGUGAUGCCAAUGCAGCACCCUCGAACCAUCGGCUUUGCUGUCGUGUGUGAGGGAGGCAGACAGAAGGAGAGCGAGUGGGAGGCUCUGCACUUUCCGCCCCUCUUUGGGCCGCAGCUGGGCCGAGGCCGCGGAGUAACCCGAGGGCUGGGGGAGGAGAUAGCGAUCGGCGGGAAUACCAGAGGUGCCUGCAAGCCGGCCAGGUCCUUCCCACACACGCGCAUCGCCCCACUCGGGCUACGGCCGCACCCGCUCCCCAUCGACCUGCACGUGUGCCCACCAGCUCUACGCACACCCCACACCCACACCCUCACCCACACUCAGGGAGGCCGGGUGUCUGGGCCCAGAGUCCCAACCCGGGCAGGGCCCACCGCGUCCGUCCGGUGCCCAAGGCCCCCGCCGGGCUUCCCACAGUGCGUCCUGGUGGCUGCCCUCCUCCGGCCUUGA